CGGUCCCCUACAAAGUGGUCAAAUACAGCAGUCAAAGUAAUGUCUUGUAAGACCUGCAGCGUGCAGCUCAUCCAAUCAUCUUUUAUAAAUAACGCUUUCUGCACCGAAUAGUCCAAAGGAGUAUUUAUCAGGCGUAUGAGCAAAAUAGUGGACAUCACAACUUCCUGGGGGCGGAAUGCGCGCUUUCUUUCCGUCGAAGUCGCGAAGCGUGGAGCGAAGCGCUGGGUUUCCGUUCAGGGACAGCGGCCCAUCAGCUCCACCUUCUGCGAGGGUUCACACCUCUCACAGCCUCACAGCGAGAGUUCACGCAGAAGUUCACCGCGGAGAGACCUCGCUGGAAGCUUGCGUGAAGAUGGUCUGAAGAUCCGCGACGGAAGAUGGCUGUUUCUGUGGGACCAGCGCUUGAUCGCCCUCAUUCUUCGGGGGUUGAAUGCAGAGGGUAACGUUAGUUUGACUGGAGGACCAAAUAAGAUCGAGAAUCUCACAGUAACUGAAAUCUCCACAUCAUUUGUGCUUCUGAAAUGGGAUCAAUCACUGGAAAAGGCGUCUUCAUUCAAAGUUAACUGGACUGCUAAUGAAGCAUCUGGGAAUAAAACGGUCACAGACACAAAUGUAAACGUCACUGAUCUGAACUCUGGAGUCAGUCACAUGUUCUGCAUCAGAGCUGUUGCAGCAGAUAAUUCAGAAAGUGAAUCUGUCUGCACCUCAGCAAGCACCAAGCCAGAUGUGAUCAGAAAUCUAACAGUGAACAACAUCACAACAUCAUCUGUGUUUCUGAAAUGGACUGAACCAAUCGGAAAUAGAUCUUUCUUUAAAAUUCAGUGGGCUGGUAAUAAAAUAAAUGAAACUAGUAACACUUCCCAUCUCAUCCCUGGUCUGACUGCUGGAGUCAGUUACUCAUUCUGCAUCAGUGCUGUGGCAGCAGACAAUUCAACAGAAGGAGAAACUCUCUGCAUCUCACAAUACACCAAGCCAGAUGUGAUCAGAAAUCUAACAGUGAACAACAUCACAACAUCAUCUGUGUUUCUGACAUGGACUGAACCUGUUGGAUAUAGAUCCGUGUUUAAAAUUAACUGGACUGAUGAUAAAACAAACAGAAACAAAACAGAAACUACUAACACUUCUCUCAUCACUGGUCUGACUGCUGGAGUCAGUUACUCAUUCUGCAUCAGUGCUGUGGCAGCAGACAAUUCAACAGAAGGAGAAACUGUCUGCAUCUCACAAUACACCAAGCCAGAUGUGAUCAGAAAUCUAACAGUGAACAACAUCACAACAUCAUCUGUGUUUCUGACAUGGGAUGAACCUCAUGAAAAGAGGUCUUUCUUUAAAGUUCAAUGGACUGAUGGUAACAGAAAUGAAACUACUAACACUUCCCAUCUCAUCCCUGGUCUGACUGCUGGAGUCAGUUACUUAUUCUGUAUCAGUGCUGUGGCAGCAGACAAUUCAACAGAAGGAGAAACUGUCUGCAUCUCACAAUACACCAAGCCAGAUGUGAUCAGAAGCCUAACAGUGAACAACAUCACAACAUCAUCUGUGUCUCUGACAUGGGAUGAACCUCAUGGAAAGAGGUCUUUCUUUAAAGUUCAGUGGGCUGAUGGUACACCAAAUGCAACUAUUGACAAUUUCUAUAACAUCACUGGUCUGACUGCUGGAGUCAGUUACUCAUUCUGCAUCAGUGCUGUGGCAGCAGACAAUUCAACAGAAGGAGAAACUGUCUGCAUCUCACAAUACACCAAGCCAGAUGUGAUCAGGAAUCUCAGAGUGUCUAAUAUCACAGCAUCAUCUGUGUCUCUGACAUGGACUGAACCUGAAGGAAAGAGGUCUUUCUUUAAAGUUCAAUGGACUGAUAGAAACAGAAGUGAAACUACUAACACUUCCCAUCUCAUCCCUGGUCUGACUGCUGGAGUCAGUUACUCAUUCUGUAUCAGUGCUGUGGCAGCAGACAAUUCAACAGAAGGAGAAACUGUCUGCAUCUCACAAUACACCAAGCCAGAUGUGAUCAGGAAUCUAACAGUGAACAACAUCACAACAUCAUCUGUGUUUCUGACAUGGGAUGAACCAGCUGGAAAUAGAUCUUUCUUUAAAAUUCAAUGGGCUGAUGAUAAAAGAAAUGAAACUACUAACACUUCUCUCAUCCCUGGUCUGACUGCUGGAGUCAGUUACUCAUUCUGCAUCAGUGCUGUGGCAGCAGACAAUUCAACAGAAGGAGAAACUCUCUGCAUCUCACAAUACACCAAGCCAGAUGUGAUUGGAUAUCCAACAGCGAAUGACAUCACAACAUCAUCUGUAUUUCUGACAUGGAAUGAACCGGCUGGAAAUAGAUCUUACUUUAAACUUAAAUGGACGGAUGGGCAGACAGACAGAAAUGCAACAAAAAUUAGCAACACUUCCUAUCACAUCACUGAUCUGACUGCUGGGGUCAAUUACACGUUCUGCAUCACCGCUGUUACUGAGGAUGACUCCGAAGGGGAAACUGUCUGCAUCUCACAAUACACCAAGCCAGAAGUAAUCACAAAUCUCACAGUGUCUAAAAUCGCAACAUCAUCUGUGUCUCUGACAUGGGCUGAACCAAUCGGAAAUAGAGCUUUCUUUAAAAUUCAAUGGGCUGGUGAUAAAAGAACUGAAACUAGUAACACUUCCCAUCUCAUCCCUGGUCUGACUGCUGGAGUCAGUUACUCAUUCUGCAUCAGUGCUGUGGCAGCAGACAGUUCAACAGAAGGAGAAACUGUCUGCAUCUCACAAUACACCAAGCCAGAUGUGAUCAGAAAUCUGACUGUGAGCAACAUCACAACAUCAUCUGUGUUUCUGACAUGGGAUGAACCAGCUGGCAAUAGAUCUUUCUUUAAAAUUCAAUGGGCUGGUGAUAAAAGAAAUGAAACUGCUAGCACUUCCCAUCUCAUCCCUGGUCUGACUGCUGGAGUCAAUUACUCAUUCUGCAUCAGUGCUGUGGCAGCAGACAAUUCAACAGAAGGAGAAACUGUCUGCAUCUCACAAUACACCAAGCCAGAUGUGAUCAGAAAUCUGACUGUGAGCAACAUCACAACAUCAUCUGUGUUUCUGAAAUGGGCUGAACCAAUCGGAAAUAGAUCUUUCUUUAAAAUUCAGUGGACUGGUAAUAAAAGAAAUGAAACUACUAACACUUCUCUCAUCACUGGUCUGACUGCUGGAGUCAGUUACUCAUUCUGCAUCAGUGCUGUGGCAGCAGACAAUUCAACAGAAGGAGAAACUGUCUGCAUCUCACAUUAUACCAAGCCAGAUGUGAUCAGGAAUCUAACAGUGAACAACAUCACAACAUCAUCUGUGUUUCUGAAAUGGGCUGAACCAAUCGGAAAUAGAUCUUUCUUUAAAAUUCAAUGGGCUGGUGAUCAAACAAACAAAUUUUCAAGAACUACUAACAUUUCUAAAACUUCUCAUCUCAUCCCUGGUCUGACUGCUGGAGUCAGUUACUCAUUCUGCAUCAGUGCUGUGGCAGCAGACAAUUCAACAGAAGGAGAAACUCUCUGCAUCUCACAAUACACCAAGCCAGAUGUGAUCAGGAAUCUAACAGUGAACAACAUCACAACAUCAUCUGUGUUUCUGACAUGGGAUGAACCAAUUGGAUAUAGAUCCGUCUUUAAAAUUAACUGGACUGAUGAUAAAACAAACAGAAACAAAACAGAAACUAGUAACAGUUCUCUCAUCACUGAUCUGACUGCUGGAGUCAGUUACUCAUUCUGCAUCAGUGCUGUGGCAGCAGACAAUUCAACAGAAGGAGAAACUGUCUGCAUCUCACAAUACACCAAGCCAGAUGUGAUCAGAAAUUUAACUGUGGCCAACAUCACAACAUCGUCUGUGUUUCUGACAUGGGAUGAACCUCACGGACAGAGAUUUUUAUUUAAACUUCAGUGGACUGACGAGCAGAAAAAUAUAAAUGCAACAGAACUGAAUAACACUUCCUAUCACAUCACUGAUCUGACUGCUGGAGUCAAGUACACGUUCUGCAUCAUUGCUGUUGCUGAUGAUUUGUCAGAAGGAGACACUUUAUGCAUCUCACAAUACACCAAGCCAGAUGUGAUCAGGAAUCUAACAGUGAACAACAUCACAACAUCAUCUGUGUUUCUGACAUGGGAUGAACCAGUUGGAAAUAGAUCUUUCUUUAAAAUUCAAUGGGCUGAUGAUCAAACAAGUAAAAAUUCAACGACUACUAACACUUCCCAUCUCAUCACUGAUCUGACUGCUGGAGUCAGUUACACAUUUAUCAUCACAGCUGUAGCAGCAGACAAUUCAACAGAAGGAGAAUCUGUACUUACCUCAAAAUAUACUAAGCCAGAUAUGAUCAGGAAUCUCACAGUGUCUGAAAUCACAACAUCAUCUGUGUCUCUAAAAUGGGCCGAACCAGCGGGAAAUAGAGCUUUCUUUAAAAUCCAAUGGGACGGUUAUCAAACAAGAAAUAAUUCAACAACUACUAACACUUCCCAUCUCAUCCCUGGUCUGACUGCUGGAGUCAGUUACUCAUUCUGCAUCAGUGCUGUGGCAGCAGACAGUUCAACAGAAGGAGAAACUGUCUGCAUCUCACAAUACACCAAGCCAGAUGUGAUCAGAAAUCUAACAGUGAGCAACAUCACAACAUCAUCUGUGUUUCUGACAUGGGCUGAACCAAUCGGAAAUAGAUCUUUCUUUAAAAUUCAAUGGGCUGAUGAUCAAACAAGUAAAAAUUCAACGACUCGUAACACUUCCCAUCUCAUCACUGAUCUGACUGCUGGAGUUAGUUACACAUUUAUCAUCACAGCUGUAGCAGCAGACAAUUCAACAGAAGGAGAAUCUGUACUUACCUCAAAAUAUACUAAGCCUGACGUCAUCAUGAACCUCACAGCUGUUAAUAUUACAACAUCCUCUGUCUUACUAAACUGGAGUAAACCAAAUGGUCAAAGCUCCCAUUAUCGUGUAGAAUGUGAAGAUAAGAAUGUGACUGUUGAAGACACCUCCAUCAAAAUAAAUGGUCUGAUUCCUGGAGCACAGUACAAGUUCAAAGUGUUUGCGGUUGCAGCUGAUAAUGUGACUGAGGGGAGAGCCAAUCAGAUUUCACUGUAUAUCAAGCCAGAUGCGAUCAGAAAUCUAAUUGUGAAAAACAUCACAACAUCAUCUGUGUUUCUGACAUGGGAUGAACCAGUUGGAUAUAGAUCCGUCUUUAAAAUUGACUGGACUGAUGAUAAAAUAAACAGAAACAAAACAGAAACUACUAACACUUCUCUCAUCACUGAUCUGACUGCUGGAGUCAGUUACACAUUCUGCAUCAUUGCUGUGGCAGCAGACAAUUCAACAGAAGGAGAAACUGUCUGCAAAUCUCUACAUAUCAAGCCAGAGGUCAUCAGGAAUCUCAUAGUGGACAACAUCACAACAUCAUCCAUGUUUCUGAAAUGGGAUGACCCACCUGGAAAUAGAGAUUUUUUUAAACUCAGUUGGACUGACGAGAAAACACUUAAAAUAACCAAAAACACAUGGUAUACCAUCACUGGUCUGACUGCUGGAGUCAGUUACUCAUUCUGCAUCAGUGCUGUGGCAGCAGACAAUUCAACAGAAGGAGAAACUUUCUGCAAAUUUCAAUUUACAAAGCCAGAUGUGAUCAGGAACCUCGCAGUGUCUGAAAUCACAUCAUCAUCUGUGUUUCUGACAUGGGCUGAACCAAUCGGAAAUAGAUCUUUCUUUAAAAUUCAAUGGACUGAUGAUCAAACAAGUAAAAAUUCAACGACUACUAACACUUCCAAUCUCAUCACUGAUCUGACUGCUGGAGUCAGUUACACAUUUAUCAUCACAGCUGUAGCAGCAGACAAUUCAACAGAAGGAGAAUCUGUACUUACCUCAAAAUAUACUAAGCCUGACGUCAUCAUGAACCUCACAGCUGUUAAUAUUACAACAUCCUCUGUCUUACUAAACUGGAGUAAACCAAAUGGUCAAAGCUCCCAUUUUCGCAUAGAAUAUGAAGAUAAGAAUGUGACUGUUGAAGACACCUCCAUCAAAAUAAAUGGUCUGAUUCCUGGAGCACAGUACACAUUCAAAGGGAUUGCGGUUGCAGCUGAUCAUGUGACUGAGGGGAGAGCCAAUCAGAUUUCCCUGUAUACCAAUCCAGAUGUGAUCAGGAAUUUCACAGUGUCUGAAAUCACAACAUCGUCUGUGUUUCUGACAUGGAAUGAACCAGCUGGAAAUAGAGAUGCUUUUAGAAUUAAAUGGAGUGAGAAAAGGACAGAUAUAAUAAUUAAUGACACUUCCUAUCGCAUCACUGGUCUGACUGCUGGAGUCGGUUACACAUUCUGCAUCACUUCUCUAGCAGCAGAUAAAUCAACAGAAGGAGAAACUGUCUGCAUAUCUCAAUCUACUAAUUCUGUCAUUCCAAUGAUUGUCGGCGUAGUUUUGGCAGUGAUCUGUUUUCUCCUCCUCAUCGCCCUCAUUUUCUUCUUCUAUUUAAGAAGACAAACCAACAAACAACCUCCCGACAUCCCUGUGCACACCAUUAGUAAUAAAAUUAAUAUUGCUUUGAGAAUAGAAGACUAUGAAGAGUACUUUAAGCGGAAAAAUGCAGAUUCCAACUGUGGUUUUGCUGAAGAGUAUGAGGAGUUGAAGACUGUUGGAACAGCACAGUCAAAGAACACUGCCCUGGCUAUUGAAAACAAGCCGAAGAACCGUUAUAGCAAUGUGCUACCUUAUGAUGCUUCAAGGGUGAAGUUAUCAAUGUGUGGAAGUCCGUUUGAUGACUACAUCAAUGCCAACUACAUCCCAGGUUACAAUUCAAGAAAAGAGUUUAUAGCAGCUCAGGGUCCUCUGCCCGUCACAGUGAAUGAAUUCUGGAGAAUGGUCUGGGAGAAGAACGUCCACACCAUAGUGAUGCUGACCAGAUGCAACGAAAUGGGGCGAGUGAAAUGUGAGAAGUACUGGCCAUCUGGGACUAAUCAUUAUCAAAAUAACUCUGUGACGACCACCUCAGAGAUAGAACUGGAGAGUUGGACCAUAAGAGAUUUCACACUCAAAAAUGUAAAAACAGCAGAAACUCGUUACAUACGUCAGUUCCACUUCACGGCGUGGCCAGAUCAUGGAGUUCCACAGACCACUGAAGUCCUCAUUGACUUCAGACACCUGGUGAGAGAACACAUGGACCAGUACUCACGCCACUCUCCUGCUGUGGUACAUUGCAGUGCCGGUGUGGGAAGAACUGGGACCUUCAUUGCCAUUGAUCACCUGAUCUUCCAGAUUGAAAGAGACAGUAUGGUGGACAUCUAUGGAAUUGUUAAUGAUAUGCGCAUGCACAGGCCUCUCAUGGUGCAGACUGAGGAGCAGUAUGUUUACCUCCACCAGUGUGCAUAUGACAUAAUUCGAUCAAGAACCGGAACCAAUGUGGACUUAAUUUACCAGAACGUAGAAGCACUCAGUAUCUAUCAUAAUGUAAAAUAAUAAAAAUAGUAAAAUUAUGUGGCCUCAAGAUGGCCCCUGUCUAAAAUCUGAAACUGCAGGAAUUUAUAUAGCAUAUGUUAGGUCUCAUGUAUAUGUAUAUAUGUCCUGGAUGUAAUUUACUUCUUGCACAGUACUCAAAAUUUUAGUAAUUUUUAUUUUACACUGAUUACACUGGAAAAAUGCAACCAUUUUCUAUGAUAAUAAUUUAAAGUAAACAUCAAGCAAUUGUAUUUAAGAUAUUUCAAGAGAUCUUAUUUUUAUACUGCAAAAUGUCUGAAAGAGAUAUUCGUAUAAUUUGACAUAAUAUAUUUACUGUAAUAUCUAAUCUGUACAUUUUAGUACUGGCACGACAAAUAUAUUAUACAUUAUUUAAACAUUUACAGCAGAAACAUUUUUUUCUUUUUUUAACACACUAGAAGGCACUCCCAACCUAUCAGUGUGUGUUAGUGAUAAUAAAAUAUGUAUGUUAUGGUACAGUUUUGCUAUUAUUAUUAUGUUGUAAAUUUUGCAGUGUGCAUGAAGCUCAAUCUGCUGUGCUGGAUAUGAGUACUCUCUUGGGAUUUGUAAUUUAUGUUGCAUUUUAUUUGUUUUCAAUGCGCUGUUUAAGUUAUUUUUACUGUUUAUGCCUUUUUAUGACCAAUACUUGGAAUACUUUUUACUUGUAUUUGAACAAUAGUGCACUAGCAUCACUUUCACACUGGUAGCUUCUGUAGCUUGUUUGAACUUGUGUGUAUGAAUAAUAUUUAUUAAGCUUCUUUUGAUUAUUAAAAUUUUUUAAAAAUGUAUUAUUAAGGAAGUUUUUUUACUGUACCUCUUUUGGUUUUAUCAAAUGGUUAUGCAUUUUAUUGGGAAGACUCUGACACUUGCUGGAAACAAUGAACACAUGAUGAAUACCAAAUAAAUACAUUUUAAAACUA